UGGACUUCGCCAAUGCUGUCAUGGCGGUCUCGAGCAUCAACAGUUUGGAUGGUUUAAAAUCCAUCAAAACAAUGCCAGUGGGAAGUCCAAAUCUACCUCGUUCAACCCUCAGUGAAAUACAUUCACAAGAGGAAUGUGGUAUACCAUUAAAUACACGAUGGACAUUCUGGCUUGACAAAUCAAUUCCUGGUACAACUGUAGCACAAUAUGAGGCAACAAUGAGGAAGUUAUAUACAGUCAGUACAGUACAGGGUUUCUGGAGUGUUUAUAACAACAUACCAGAUGUUGACAAGCUGAACGUCAGAUACACUUAUCAUUUAAUGAGGGAAGAAAGAAGACCUGUUUGGGAAGAUGAAUUUAAUUGUAAUGGUGGGAACUGGAGAAUAAAAUGUCACAAAUUUGAAUCUGUAAGAGUAUGGAAAGAACUUCUGUUAGCAGCAAUUGGAGAACAGUUUUCUGAUUGUUUAGCUGAAGGUGAUGAAAUAAGUGGAAUGAGUAUUAGUGUACGAGAAAGAGAUGAUAUAUUACAAAUCUGGAACACUCAAGCUUUAUUACACGAACAAGCAACAGUUAUAGAUAAAGUCAAAGAAUUACUACCUGAUGUUCAUUUUCCUGCCAUAUUUUAUAAAGCUUUCCAGACACAUUCAGCAUUUGAGGGUGAUAAACACAAGUCAAGUUGGAAAGGAUGAAAGAAAAAACCAAAGAAUGUCAAAGUUAUUUCCCAAGCAUUCACAUAUUAUGACAUAAUCAGUCAACAUGUGGUACUCGUGAAGAUUGAAUGACCUCAUUAUUGUGAGAAAACUAGGAAUCAUUAAUUAAGUAUGAAUGAUGAAGAAUACAUGUUUCUCAAAAGUUAAGCAUGAACUUGAUAAAAAUCUUCAGGAAAUAACAAUCCUCCUAUAUCAUCUGUAGAGCUCUCUGUGUUAUGCCAGAUUUAUAAAAUCAAGAUAAGAUGAAAAAGGAAAAAAGCAACGUACUAUUAUAUUAAACUUUUUACAGAAAUCCUGGGUAUCAUUGUAGAUAUCUUUUUAAAGAUUUAAACUGCUGUAAAUGUAGCUGUCUCAGAUGCUAUAUUCAUGUUAGUAUCACAACAUAUUUGUUUUACAGUUAUUGUAAAUAUCCAGCGGAAAUGUUUAUCAUUAAAAAAAAGAUUAUGUU